AUGAUGUCUCUGCGCAUGGUUUCCCGUGCGGCGCCCCGCGCCGCUGCCCGCCUCAGCCGCGCUCCGACCGUUUCCCGGUCGUCUCUGCUCACCUCGACCGCCGCCCACCCGUCGGCGUUCCAGAUUGCCAAUGGCCUGCGCUCUGCAGCCCUGAUCCGCACCAGCGUGUCUGCCUUCUCUUCGGUUGCUGCCCGCCGGGCCCCCGCUAACAACGAGAUUGACGAGGAGCUGUCUGCCAAGCUGUCCAGUGAGAUUCAGUUUGAGACGGAGAUCCGUGAGAACGAGCCCGAGGCGACCAGCGUCAAGGAUUUCCUUGAGAGCGGCCUAUUUGAGAUUGAGGACGUUCCGGGCCGCGAGGAGGUUGUUCUGCGCCGUACUUACAACAACGAGAAGAUCACUGUGACGUUUUCGGUUGCCGACCUGGCCAACUAUGACCCCGAAAUGUACGACGAGGACUCGGCGUUGGCUGACGAGGACAUUGAGGGUGGCAACAGCGCCCGCAAGGCCGAGGAGGCCGGUGCCGAGGACGGCGAGGACAUUGAUACCGACUCUGCGUCGGUCCCGUGCCGCCUAGCCAUUGUCGUCGAGAAGCCCGGCCAGGGUGCUUUGAGUGUCGAGGCGACGGCACAGGACGGCGGUCUGGUUGUGGAUAACCUGUACUAUUACAAGGAUGCCGCCCACGCCCACGAGGCCACAGCCGACGCGGCCCACUCGGCGCAGCGCGUGUACCCCGGCCCUGCCUUUGGUAGCCUGGAUGAGGACCUGCAGGUGCUGCUUGACCGUUACCUGGAGGAGCGCGGUAUUACGCAGGCGCUGGCCGUGUUCGUGCCGGACUACCUUGAUGCCAAGGAACAGCGCGAGUACCUGGGUUUCCUAAACAACCUGAAGACGUUUGUCGACGCUUGA